UUACACGACUUGUCAAAACAAAUAUUAAUUUUUUUUAUAUGUUGUAAGAUAAAUAUCCCUCUUCAUCGAGUGACCCAUUUCUUUAAUUUGUGACCCCCACCCUUUACACAUUUCUAGCUAUAUACGGGCCAUGCCGUAUGAUGCCCCGGCCAGUGGCGCAACUAGGGGGGGCGAACCGAGUUUCACCCCCCUUCAUCAGCAUAUUUCGCCCCCCUCUCACCCAUGAUCUCCAGCAUGAUUAUGAUUUAAGUGGACCGUAUUUUUUUUAUCAAAUUUUGUCUUAAUUAAGAAAAAAUACCAACUUUUUUUUUGGCGCUUCGCGCAUCAUUUUUAACAGAAUUUCUAACUAUAUUUCCUCGUUUUCGACAUAAUCAAGAAAGUCGAUCAUUUUGAAGUUAUCCAUAUCAAAAAAAAACCUGUAUAAUUCUAAUAUAUUAAACAAAUUUACAAUUCAGCAUAGGUUAUACACAAAAAUUGACAACCUAAGAAUCUAAUAACAAACUAACUACAUGAGGCGCAACUGGGGGGGGGGGGCGGCCGGGCGCCCCCCUUCCCAGCAGAAUGAAAAGAAAGAUUGGCGAAUAUCAGUAUCACAGGAGUCAGGAAUAAUAAAACCAAGAGUUAUUGUAAUUCCCAAGAUGGAUUCCUAGAUAAAUUAGAAUAGAUUGCUCAUGCAUACUGUAAAGCUGAAAAUUGUACAACAUGAACUCGUCAUUUGAAGAGGUCAUUGAAUACGUUUUACUUCUCGGGGUCAAUCUGUAGAGUAUUUUUUUACUAAUAGAAUUUAAAGAACUCGGCUUCUCCCAUUAACUAUUUUAGCUUUUAACCCUAUAACAAGCUUGGCCGGCCCUAUAGUUUUUUUGUCCUAGCACACUCGUUUUUGUCACUAUUACCGUAAAAUGUUGUGACUUAAUACAUAAUAAGGAUUCUUCUGAAUUCUCAUUCUCAUUCUCAUUCUGCAUUCUCAUUCUCAUUCUCAUUCUCAUUCUCAUUCUCAUUCUCCACAUGCAAAAGUGGUUUGCCUUGCCGAAUUUUAAUUUAUUUUAUGAAGUCCCCCAAAACAUGUCUAUGUUUAAGCUCGCCAAUACACGACACGAUGAUAAUUUCAAUUGAUCUUCCAUUUGAAGAGGGCCAAGCUCGAUUCCCAAUGGUAACGUGUAUACCUUUAUCUGAUUGAUAAUUUGAAAAUACCAGCGUUUUCCUACAGGGUGUCCCAAAAAACAUGGGAAUUCAGUGACGAAUUCGAUGCUGUCUUUUUUUCAGGAUUAGUUUAUUGUAAUACCUGAUGUAAAGACAUAUUAUGUAAUUUCGUCUGCUAAAGUAUAUUUUACGUAAACUUACGUAUUAUUAUUCUGUGUCUUAACACGAAAACUAUGAACACUGAACAGCCCUGAAAAGUAUUUUAAUGAGAUUGAAAUGUUUGUGUACAAACUAAUUGUACUGCGGUGUACAAUUAUUCCAGUUUAUUCAUAUCCAUUAAAAAGACAAUAUAUACCCUUGAGGAAAGAAGUUUCAUUGUAAAAAGUUUUGAGGAAUUAAAAACUUUGAAGAUCGUGCCCAGCGGGUUGUAUACGCUUUUCAAAGAGCAUUUCCUGGCUCAAAAGUACCAAGUAAAAGUACAGUGUAUAGAAUAUGUGAAAAAUUCAAGCAGAAGUUUACAGUUCAGAACCUUCACCAGGGAUAUAGUGGAAGAAAAAGGUCUGUUCUUACAGAAGCAACCAAGGCCAGAGCGGAAGCUCUGCUUGAACAAGACAGAAACACUUCGUAUUUAAUUCAAGCAAGCUUUGCUCGAAAAAAUAAUUUGAACGUGUCUAAAUCUUCUUGGAGUAGGUUGAUGCUGGAGAUGAAUCAAUAAUGUUUUAGAUUGAUUACAGCACAGCAGCUUCGUCUAUCACAGGGGGACAGGGAGAAAAGGUUUGAGAUGUGCGAGUGGCUGGUGAUGCUCUCAGAUGAAGAACUCAUCAAUAUUGCUUUCACUGACGAAGCUAACUUUUACUUGGAUGGAGAGGUUAAUUCACGCAACUGUACACAGUACAUUGGAUCCAAAAAGAAAGGGGGUGCAGGCAGAGCUAGUCUUGAUGGAAACUUAAUCCACAUGAAGGAGAAACAUGCAGAGAAGUUGAUGGUGUUUGCCGGUACCUGUAAGGGAAGACUCUUUGGUUUAAAAUUUAUGCACGGAAAUAUGAAUUCCCAGAUGUACCAAGAAUUGGUUAAGGAGGAGUGCAUUCCUCAGUUGAUGGCUGCAAACAACGGAUCACUUGAAGGAAUAAUUUGGCAACAGGACGGUGCUACCAUCCACAGAAAUCCUAGAUUCAUGGAAUACCUAGACCAUCAAUUUGAUGGUCGAGUUCUUGGCCUUGGUGCUAACCUUAGGGGUCUCAGGGGCCACAUGUGGGCUUCACUGAGCCCGGACUUGAGUGUCCUGCACUUUAGUAUCUGGUCCAUAAUGAAAAGGAUGGUCUUCACCAGUCCUCUCCCCAUCUCCUUGGACGAACUUGAAGAGCGAAUCACAGAGGUGAUAGAUCAACUUAAUGGAGAUCCAGAGCUGAUUAAAAGAUGUCACAUCAGUGUGCAGUGACGUGUCAUGUGCACAGAUGUGCAUAGAGCAAAUAGGGGGCCAUUUUGAAUUCUUGAGAUAAAGAAUGCAUAAAACUAUAUUGUAAAUUUAUUGUUUAAAUAAAAAAAUAGUUGUUUA